CCCAGUGAUCGUAUUCUAGACCGACCUGUAGAAACACGAAAUAAAAAAAAAAUGAAGAGCUUCGUGUGUGUGUUAGUGCUCAGUGCACUUGCCCUAUCUGCCAAUGGCCAAGACAGUUUUAAAUGCCCCGACGAUUUCGGUUUCUACCCACACACACGGUCUUGCGACAAAUACUGGAAAUGUGAUAACAACGUAGCUGAAUUAAAAACUUGCGGUAACGGUUUAGCGUUCGAUGCCAGCGAUCCAAAAUACUUGACUGAAAACUGCGAUUACAUCCAUAAUGUUGAAUGUGGAGACAGAGCAGAACUUGAACCACCAAUUGGCACAAGUCACUGUGAAAGACUCUACGGUAUCUUCGCCGAUGAAGCCAAAUGCGACGUAUUCUGGAACUGUUGGAACGGGGAAGCAUCUAGGUACCAAUGUUCUCCUGGAUUAGCUUAUGAUAGAGAAGCUCGUGUCUGUAUGUGGGCCGAUCAAGUACCAGAAUGCAAAAAUGAAGAGGUAGCUGGAGGAUUUUCUUGCCCAGCUGGUGAAAGCAAUGUUGGUUCCUUCUCCAGACACGCUCAUCCAGAUGACUGCAGAAAAUACUACAUCUGUCUUGAAGGACAAGCUCGUGAAUAUGGAUGCCCCAUUGGUACUGUUUUCAAAAUUGGUGAUUCUGAUGGUACUGGUAACUGCGAAGACCCUGAAGAUGUUCCCGGAUGUGAGGACUACUACGGUGACUUGGACUUGAAGAGCAUCCGCAAAAGUGAACUUUUGGCAGGUCUGCAAUCCAGCGAUGCGAACAGGGCCAAUAAACCUAAAAAAUCCCUUAGGCCCGCACCUGCCUCACGUAAUGCCCCUGAACCUUCAAACUAGUUUUAAGUAGUAGAUUUUUUUUCAAUUUCUUUUUCUCCGACUGUUUUAUUUUUCGCGUGGUUUGCGUCUCAUAAUGUUAUGGGUGAUUUGAAUCAAAAUGAUUUUACAAACAUUCUUCUUAUUGACCUUAUUGUGAUUUAUUAAUAACAGCAUGUAAAUAACGGUCAGCUUCGUAGUAAAAUUAAAAAAAAAAUAAAAAUAGAAAAAAUUCUCAAUAGUUUCACCUUAAAUAUUCUUAAGUUGAAGAUAAGUAAUUUAGAAAAUAGUUAACUUAUUUAUGUUGGCUAGUGUAUCAAUGAGUUGAAAAUUCAUUUUGUGUAAUAUUUUUGCCAUUAAAAAAAAAACACGAAAUAUUUGAAUUUGUUGAUUUUUUUUUAUUGAUAUGAUUUUUAAUAAGUACAUGAAAAUGAUAAAUAAAAAUUAUAGGAAUGAUAUUAUUGUGUUUUAUUUAGUAAUGUUUCC